AAGAUUGAAGUUGACAAGGGUUAAGGAGGGAGAAAGUUGUAAUUUUGUCGUCAACAAGGUUGGGAUGUAGAGAAUAUCCGUUUGGGCAAAGAGAUCUCUUGGGCAAAAAUUUUAAUAUCAGAUAAAUGAAAACCUUUCUCACUCUCUUGUAAGGAUUUUAUGUCUAACAAGCAUCACCAGGUUUAAGAAAAUUGGUAGGCUCAUAUCGAGGCGGCUAUCAUGGCACAUUUACUUUCUACUACAUGUUCUUUAGAUGUCUCUUCCAGCAAAAAGCUGCAUUUCAAGUCAAUUAACCAAUGCUCUACUCCUAAUCCAACAUGUUUUAAUAUGGGAAUUUCUUUCUCACCCUUGAAGCUAAGUUUGCAAAGCAAAAGGUCUGCAAAAUAUGUGAUCAGAGCUUCAGCUGUUUCCAUGAGCCAAGAAGCCAGAACACAGAAUGACUCUGGUUCUCAACAGACCACUGAUGGAGCAUCCACUAGGAAGAAGGUCAUGGUCAUUGGUGGUGAUGGCUAUUGUGGCUGGGCUACUGCUCUCCACCUAUCCAACAAGGGAUAUGAAGUUGCCAUUGUUGACAACCUUAUCCGUCGAUUAUUUGACGACCAGCUUGGUCUAGAUUCUCUAACACCCAUCUCAUCUAUUCAUAACCGCAUAAGGCGUUGGAAAUCUCUCACAGGAAAAGAUAUUCAACUGUUUGUUGGUGAUAUAUGUGAGUUUGAGUUCUUGGCAGAAGCCUUCAAAUCCUUUGAACCUGAUGCUGUAGUCCAUUUUGGAGAGCAGAGGUCUGCCCCUUAUUCUAUGAUUGAUAGGUCAAGAGCUAUUUAUACCCAACAUAAUAAUGUGAUAGGGACACUUAAUGUACUAUUUGCCAUAAAGGAGUUUAGGGAAGAGUGUCAUUUGGUCAAACUCGGGACCAUGGGGGAAUAUGGAACCCCUAAUAUAGAUAUUGAAGAAGGUUAUAUAACUAUUACUCAUAACGGAAGAACAGAUACUCUUCCUUAUCCCAAACAAGCAAGCUCCUUCUAUCAUUUGAGUAAAGUCCAUGAUUCCCACAACAUAGCCUUCACUUGCAAGGCGUGGGGAAUCAGAGCUACCGACCUGAAUCAGGGAGUUGUAUAUGGGGUGAGGACUGAUGAAACUGCAAUACAUGAGGAUCUGGUUAACAGACUUGAUUAUGAUGGUGUAUUUGGAACUGCACUAAAUCGUUUCUGUGUUCAGGCUGCUGUUGGACAUCCACUAACGGUGUAUGGUAAAGGAGGGCAGACCAGGGGAUAUUUGGAUAUCAGAGAUACAGUUCAAUGUGUUGAAAUUGCAAUUGCCAAUCCAGCAAAACCAGGAGAGUUCCGGGUUUUCAACCAAUUCACAGAGCAGUUUUCAGUAAAUGAGCUUGCAGCCCUUGUCACCAAGGCAGGGCAAAAACUUGGCCUUGAGGUGAAGGCCAUAUCAGUGCCCAAUCCAAGAGUAGAAGCAGAGGAACACUACUACAAUGCCAAACAUACUAAACUUAUUGAGCUGGGACUACAACCUCACCUUCUUUCUGAUUCUCUUCUCGACUCUCUAUUGAACUUUGCUGUUCAAUAUAAGGAUCGUGUCGACACAAAGCAGAUAAUGCCUAGUGUUUCCUGGAAAAAAAUUGGCGCGAAGCCAAAGACUGUUGCAGCAUAAAUCACUUAGACAAGCUAUAGAGACUUGAGACUGGGAGUUCUUGUAUGUCAUUUUUAUAUAGGAGCUAUAGUAUUUUACAAUGCCUUGCACAAUUUUAUGUUGUAACUUUGGGAAGUAUUUGUUGUAUUCCGAAGCUUGUGAAGGUUGUGGAUGUAGUUUUUGUUUGAGAAAAUACUCGAGGUAGUCGUGACCUGUCUCAAGCCUGAAACUUGUGUGAUUUACUUGUCAAUUUAGUUUUGGCUACACAGAAGUGUUCCCGGAUAUCUUCCUCAUUGGACAGAUGAAUUUUUGCUUAUAUUGGAGAUCCACAACCUUCUUAUUGGGUUA